GUUUUUUAAACAGAAGAUACUAUAAAAGAGCAACACACAGAAAGCGAAUAUCAGAGAGUCGUGUUGGAUUCAUUCGUAUCGCUGAUCGUGGUCACGAAGAACGAUAAAGAUGGCAAAUAAUGUGACGGGAAUCUUUCUUCGAAAAGAAGUCGAAGAACUGCGUAAAAAAGGCGAAGACUGGGGUCUCAGCAAAGAACAAAUUGACGAAGCGAUUCUUCGAGCACUCGGAGGUACAAUUUGCAACCUGCCUCGUUUAUCUUUAUAACAUCUGGAAUGGUCUAUAUCCUUUAUUUUUCUUCAAACGCUUCUUAACUUUAAAUUUUCGAUAACAUUACGGAAGGCAGGCUAAUUUUUCAUUAGAAAUAAUGAAAAAAAAGUGAGAUAUCGGGAAAAAUCCAUACUGAAAGUGAGGGAAAUAAAAGUCAGUAAAGAAAACUGAGUAGGCUUCCUUGUUUACAUUCCAGUUCCAGUGUGAUCAUGGGCCAUCCUUAGAAACUUCUGUGAAAAAGGACGUUUAAUUUCAAGCAUUUCAUCUGCAUGAAAUUAGUCGUACCAUAUUAUGUAUGGUAGAACCAACUUCGUGUCGAUCAAGCGCUUGAUCAGUACAAUGCUUGGAAGCAAUAUUCACACUGUACAGUAAAUGAGCCAACAUGAGAUCACCUGCGUGCGUGAAGACGUCACAGUAAAGCUGUGUUGUUAAAAUAAGAUUUAUGUGUAUAAAUAAGGGCCAUUCUAAAAAAAGAAAGAUUUCCGUACAACUAUAACUAUUAAUAAACAAGGCUGUGGUCCGAAAGGCAAUAUUUUUUUGCCAUCGUUUUCUUUCUCUAAGAACUGUAUACAUAAUUAAGUAUGGGGUCAUGCUAAAAUCUUGCUUUUAGGGGAAAGGGGAACUACACAGUAGGUAGUCUUUAGUCCAAAUUUACCUACAAUUAAUUUGGUUUUAUCAAUUGAGCAGAUAUGUAAAUUGACCACAGCAAAGAGUUCCUAAGCUGACGUUUUGAAUGUUGGCCCUUUGUCAGGAAUUUAAACUUCAAUGACUUUCAUUCUUAUUCACCUUGAAUUAAGGAAUCAUUCAGCCUACUCAAUUCCUUACUUCAGAUGCUAGUUAAGAACUUGAAAGAGUUAAAAAGUGGCCUCAGUCAUCUUUGGGGAUAGGAAGUAGAAAAGAUUGAGUGAACUGAAUUUGAACUUUGCAUUCUCUUUCAAUACUACCUCAAGAUACUCCUGUGAUGUAACAAUAACAAAUUUCAAACUUGAACACAUCACAAACAUCCUGAGUGUGAGGGUUGCAAAAAAACACGUACAUGAUACAAUAUAUCUGUGCUAAUAAUGAUAAGAAACUAUAAACAGGUUUACUAUCUUCUCAAAAAAUCUGUAAUGCACAAACUGAAUGUAUUUCUUCAUUUACAGAAAGAUCUUCCUCAGACUCUAAGAAUGGAGGCAAAACCAAGCCAAAGAAACGCAGUUGUUUCAGUGUCUGUUUAAAGAUUACAGUGUUCGUGAUGCUGUUGCCCAUUUUUCUCUACACUGCACUUACAGUGAUUUCUGUAACAAACUCAUCCUUUGCACUGUACAUUGGGCAAUUGACUGCUGAUUACCAGUAUCCGCUGCAACGUAUGAUUCGUUUUGUGGUGUUACCCUUGCAUCAGUUCUACGACUUUACAAAGCUGGGUGCCUGGGACUGCAUGGUUGACAACCCUUUAUAUGUUCCAGGUAUGAUACCAUCAAAUACAUUUGAUUUGCUCAGCUUUGUAAAUUAUUUGUGUAGUUUUACUACUUACUUGAGUUACUUUUUUUUUCUUUUUUUUUUUUUUUUUUUAAAUUAGAGUAUGAACUUAAGAUUUCUAUCAUGUGUUACAAGCACCUUGAUUGGUCAAAAACCCAUCAUUUAUUGGACUGGUAAAUCACUUGGCUCCAGCUUGUGAUUUUCAAACUUUUCUUAUGUUCUUCUAACAUCCCAACUGGGUUAUUAUGUCUGUAAACCAAGAGAAAGUGCACUCUAUUGCUUAACCCUUUACAAUCUAACAUCAGUAUGCUUAUUCUCCAUACUGUUCUCUAAACAUUUCCUACAGUGCUGACAAGGAGAAUUUGUCUUACAAUCAAGAGCUUCUUUAGUUGGUGAUCAGUUCCUUUAUUCUCCUGACCUUGAUGUUUAAUUCAGGGUGAUGUUAUAAGGAUAAAUUUGAUGCUAGUCGCUCUUAGGAUUUAAAGGGUUAAAUGGUUGAUUCUAGCCUUGCCCCGGUCAACUUUGAGGCUUAGAAAUGGCAGGCAAAGAACUCAAUUUUUCAAAUCAAAAUAUACCACAGGAAGUUUUUCAAAACUUAAUAACAGCAUGCUUAUUUUUUGGUUUUAUUUUGUUUAUGACCUCAUGGACAUGCUACUCACUUAACUUGCUAUCUAUCAUAGCAUAGGUAGUCAGUAGCGGAGUCAGUGAGAUUGUAACAUUUGCAAUAGAAUUCUAGCCAAUUAUUUACAUGUGUUUAUUACAUUUUGCAUUUUGUUGGUAGCCUGGCUAACUGGAUUUGUAAUCUGCUGGUCACAGCUACAAACCCUCAAUCCCUCCAGUCAUUAGAUUUGUUCUCUGUUUCCUCUGAGUUUCUUUGCUAUGCUCAGUAAAAAGUCAACAGAGUAAUUUGGUUUUAGCGACUGAGUUGAUGAUAUAAAGUUAACCCACUGUUAAGAGUUUCAAAGCUGACAUUUCAAGUGUUAGCCCUUUGUCAUUUACUGUUACAAAGUGUUAAGGCUUGAAAUGUCAGCCUUGAAACUUUCUGCAGUGUCCAAUUUACAUUAUCAACUCAGUUGAUAAUAUCAAAUCACCUUUUUAUACUCUCCAACCAAGACAGUACCACAGUUUCGUUAGAAACUUCUCCCCUUUAUGAAAGAGUCAACUUGUCUACUUCCUGUCAGUUUUGGUUCUAAACCAUAAUGUUUUUGGCAGUACUCAUUCAUUAUCCACACUGGCACUGUUUUCAUUAUCAUCAUCAUUCUUAUUUUUAUCAUUUUUUUUAAUUGUGUUUUCUCUAGAAAAACCUGAUUGUGUACUAUGCAGUGAUGUGAAGACAAUUGCCAGCCGAGCCAGUGCAAAUCUGACCAAAGCUGCCUUCAAGAAGCGAUUUUAUGAAACUGCGUCACCUGUUGUGGUGAGGGACAUGCCUGGUUAUGGCGAUACCGAGCACAGUUUUGAAAAAUUCAUGGAAUUUUAUCAUACCCAUCAAGCAGCUCUGGUGGAGGAUACAUGCGAGUUCAGGAAAAAUGGAGUUAAUAAUGAAUCACUCCAAAAUAUAGCAGAAUUUCUUGGGAACUGGAAACAUUACCACCCCAAUGGAGAAAUCAUAGGGUGGUUAGUAUACUGUGGGGAUCACAUAACUUUUAACUAUAGUUUUAUAACUUUACUAUAGUUUAACCCUUAACUCUCAGAAUUGAUUAACAUGUAACUUCCCUGUGAAUAUAUGAAAAUCAUAUAUGUGAACUGCAGUUAAAGACAUAAAUAUGAAAACAAUCUUUGUGGUAAUAAACACUACUUCAGAAGUAGUGAAAAAUAAGGCUUGAAAAAAAUUCAGCAAGAUUGCUUUCAUAUUCAUGUCUUUAUCUGCAGUUCACAUUUAUGAUUUUCACAUAUUCACAGUCAUUUAUUCAUCACUUCAUGGGUUUAUUUGGAACAAACAUAAUGACUAGCUCUCAGUUGGCUUGUCAGCUCAGUUAGUAGAGCACUGCAUUGGUAUUGCAGAGGUCAUGGUUUAAAAUUUCAUACAGGCCUGAAUUUUUUUUCAGGCCUUAUUUUUUCACUACUGCUCAAGUAGAGUUCAUUACUGUGAAGAUUGCUCUCACAUUCACAUAACUUCCCCUUACAACUCCAAUGAGCUAUCUUGUAAAUAGGUUUUAAGAAAAACAGUGAGAGAAGGUUAUCAGCUACAGGGUGUUAUUUUGGAAUACAACCAAUUUUUUUGUCUAAUUUGCAAGGAAAAGUAUAGCAAUAAGUAGGGAAAAUUACCAACUGGAUCUUAGAGUUUAAGGUUUAAACAGUGAAGGUUGUAUAAAGGUAAUCCUUGCCAGUAUUUACAGGUGUUGGACUCAUGCAAUAUUGGUACAAUAUUUGACCUAUAUUGGUAUCUGCCAAAGGGCAUAGUAAGGGGUAGAUCCUGAAUGGCCUUUUUUUUUUACUCAAUAACACAUGGACCUUAUAUUUCAGGUAAGUAAAAAGGGCAAAUUCAAUGACUCUACAUGCAUGAAAAAUGUUGCUUUUCGUAAAACACAGCUUGGAUGAUGACGUGACAGUAGUGUUGGUAGUCUGGAUGUGACUCAGAGUGACCUCCCUAUGAAAAAUUGUACCUAUGCCUCUGUUGUCGUAGAGUGGUUUGCUUCAUUAAUAUAAGUUUAAACACCAUUGUUUCUCUCUUCAUGAAAAAAAGAACACACCUUGACUAAGAAUACUUUAUACUUUUCAGGAAAGUUUGCUAUGGACAGGGCUUAAGAUUGUUACGAUCCAUGUUUCCUCGCCCUUACUGUAUCCAUAGUGAAGGUGCUUUGGACAAAUGGGUGUAUCUCUUACAACCAGCCCAUGAAAUAACAGAAAGUUCCACUCAGCCAAUGAUAAUGACAGAGGUGGUACGUAUGUCAAUAUUUGUUCAAUGAUUGUGAGACAAGAGUCCUGUUGAUGUUGUUUGAACUUAUCCAUGCUGUACUCUUUCCUGUUAUUUGCUAGGCACAAGGCACGUUUGACAAUGUGUGGAUGGCCCAAGUCACUGGUUCGACACAUGUGGUUCUUGAGCCAGUUGAGGACUGUGAAGACAAGUGUGAGAAGUUUGAGUUUACACUGAAGCAAGGAGAUGUCUGUAUGUGCAUUUGAGUACUACGAAUACUUAUACUCCAUGCCUCUAACCUUAACUACUUUGAACUCCCCUAAAAUUUUAUAUAAGUCCUGCCUGCAUCUUUACUUGUCACAGUUUACAGUUCACCUUUAAGUCUUUAGGAAUAAUCUUCUCCAGAUAGUUGGAGGGUGAGUUUCAUCAAUUGGUGAGGGCCACAGGAAAAUAACAUCUGUCUCAGAGCAACUUGGAUAACUUGACAAUGAUCAUGAAAAUCCUAAAAAUAUGGGCAUUUGCCUGUAUGACUGCACAGCUCCGUAAAAACACCUAAAAGAAUUUCCUGCCUGGCCUUAAGAAGAAAUUCAGUAAUUGUACCUUUGAUUGAGUAACCUUUCCCCUCAACUUGAGAACCAACGUGUCUCCAUUCCUGAAAUGCAGCUAUAUUGCAGAGAUGAUGUUAUUCCUUUCUAGGUGUAAAGUAAAACUGUUUUACUUAUUCUAGAGCAAGUUUCUUGUCAUGUCCAACGAGGUUCUUGUCAUGUUGUACUCAUGUUGUUGUCAGUCCUUAAAAAGAUUUUUUUUGCUGUUUUUUUCCCAUUUAGUUUUCUUCUCCCAGCAUACUUGGGUGGUCAAUUUUCAGAAUCAAGGGAAGGAACCUGCGAUGAUCUUCACCUCUUCAUUUGCAUGAAAUAAUGCCUGACGUAAUGCUCGUGUGUUGGUGAAACAAGUGAUAUGUUCAGUGAGAAUAGCUACGGUUAAAAUAAAAAAAUUAAAAUUUAGCUCUGAUGACAUCUUUUUUCACCUCCCUUUCUCCGCUAGUCUUUGGACAAGGAAAACUAAAGGUUUUCGUGCUCUUGUUUCCUUGAAAACGAUACCCUGCUUAAGACUAUGAUGGUUUCAAUUUACUCCUGUUGUGGUACUAAAAUGGCUGAAAACUCAUCUUACUCUUUGAGGGCGGCAUAUACAGACCAGUGGACUGUAAACUGUACCC